CCAAGUCUGCAUCUCCGCUGACUCCGCUCGCGAUGCUGCUGCUUUCAGCUUGAAAUUCUAACCACCGCUCGAGCGAUCAGCACGCACCCGCUCUCCACCGGAAAUGGCGGCGGCGGCGGCGGCGGCGGCGACGGGCUCCGCUUCUCCCCCCUCCCUCGCCUUCUCCCCCGCCUCCGGCCGGCGCGCGAGCCCCCGGAACCUCCUCUCCUUCCGACACGCCCUCCGCCUCGCUUCCUCCGACGGCGGCGGCGGCUCCGGCUCAUCCUCGUCCCGACCUCCUCCGCUCCGCGUCUCGGCGAGCUCCAGCCCUAAGGCCCGGUUCGUCGCCCGGAGGAAAGAGUCCGUCUCCGUCAGGCAGCUGGACCGGGCCUUGAGUGACUACAUGAGCUUGCCGGCGAGCCAGUACUCGGUGUUGGACGCGGAGAGGAUCGAGAGAGUGGAUGAGAACACGUUCCGGUGCUACGUGUAUAGGUUCAAGUUCUUCGCGUUCGAGGUGUGCCCUGUUUUGCUGGUCAGGGUGGAAGAGCAGCCCAAUGGCUGUUGCAUUGAGCUAUUGUCGUGCAAGCUUGAGGGCUCGCCAAUUGUUGCUGCUCAGAACGAUAAAUUUGACGCUUCUAUGGUGAACCGAAUAUCAUGUGAUAGCAAUCAAAGGACGUCAUCACUGCAGCAACUCACUUCAGACACAACUAUUGAGGUCAGCAUUGACAUCCCUUUUGCAUUUCGAGCUAUUCCAGUGCAAGCCAUUGAAUCAAGUGGCACUCAAAUUCUCGAGCAAAUACUCAGGAUCAUGCUUCCACGCUUUAUGACCCAGCUUGUGAAAGAUUAUCAAGCAUGGGCUACUGGUGACACCUCAAGGCAGCCUCUUGGAACUGGUAAAAUCUGAAUGGUAGAAGGCUGCACAUGCUACUGUUUCUGUUGAUAACUUGGCUGCCUAUGUGAGUCAAGCACAGGUUGCCAGUCCCAUAGGAUCCAACAGUCGCUCUGGUUUAGUAUAUGCAAUUUUUUUUGUUAGUUCAUAAGGCUAGCCAUCGAAAUUAGUGCAAGCGACUCGUGUAUAGCGUUGUUCUAGCUUUUCUUUGGACAUUCACAUGGAUUAUGCUUCACUUGUUUCGUAGAACGCAGUCAUUGAAAUUGCAGUAUGUUGCAAAAGCUGUUUGAAUCAGGCCCUCCU